UCCUGCUGAAUCGGCGUGAGUGAGUGUGUAUGUGCGUGUGUGUGUGGGGCGUUCUCUCUUUCUCCUGCCACAGUAGCAACACAUUGCAGCAGCGUCGGCCCCGAACAAAAGGCUAAACGCAGCAGAGCCUCAGGAGGAGAAACUCAGGGAUAAAAGCAGGCAGAGUGACCCAGCGUGACUGCACUUCUCAGGGAGGAACUCAACCUGCCAUUUAGCCCUCUUGGCCCUGGAGUGGAGACAAGAGGGUACACCAGACCAGCCGUGGCUGCCUGUCUGUCUCUCUGAGCUGACAAAAACACCCUGUUACUGUUUUGUCUUUCACUUUGUCUUCAGUUCAUACACCUCAGUCUCUGUCAUCCUUCACCGAGACUCCUGCACCUGCCCUCCUGCACCUGGGCGUCCUCCCUUUUCAUCCACCUGUGCUUCGAGAUGUCAGACGAUGACUGCCGCUCGCCCAUCGGCCUGGACUGUUGCAGCUGCUGCCUGGACCUGGCCAAUGGCUGUGAUGACACCAUGGCCAGCAGUCCGGCUCCGGGCCUCGGUGGGGGCCUGCCGGUGAGCCCCACCAGCCCAAGUGUCAGCCACUUCCGCCAGCUCCGCAACCAGCUGAUGUACCAGAACCUGAACACGGACAAGCUGAACAACAUCAUGAGGCAGGACUCCCUGGAAUCGGUAGUGAGGGACCCCUGCUUCCUGCUCAACGAGGGGAUCUGCAACAGCAACAGCAACAUUGACCAGACCAUGCUGUCUAUACUGCUCUUCUUUCACAGUGCCUCUGGUGCUAGCGUUGUGGCCAUCGACAACAAGAUCGAGCAGGCGAUGGAUCUUGUCAAGAACCACCUGAUGUACGCGGUGCGCGAGGAGGUGGAGAUCCUCAAAGAGCAGAUCAAAGAGCUGGCGGAGAAGAACAACCAACUGGAGCGGGAGAACUACCUGCUCAAGAACCUGGCCAGUCCGGAGCAGCUGGAGAAGUUCCAGUCGCGCAUCCCGACAGACGUGCUGCUACCCCUGGACAAUCAGGUGACCGCGGACCAGCACCAGCAGCCCUGCAACCACAGCACUGGCUCUGCUGUAUAAGUGGCUCUGCCUUGGGGCGGGCAGAGCCACUGUCUCAUAACAGUAAUGGACCUCCAUUUGUGAACGUAAGCGUGACAAAAAUCGCCGCCGCCGAGAACCUCACGAAGGUGACGCAUCGGGGCUGUAAAUGAUCGAUGGGACACAAAAGAACUGUUGACACUGAUAAGCACAAAACAGAACUUAAGACGCUCUGACCGGUGCGGUGUCAGGCCCCUUCCUCUGAUACCGUCCAACUCUUUGUCGUAGUCUCUCUGUGUAGACGCUAAGAAUAGAGAGAGGGCUGACUAGGCGCUGACGAGCGCUCGCUUCCAGACGGCGGGGGGCUUUCCCUGCCUGGCCGAAACCCUUCCAACAAACACCCUUUGCUCCGCAGAGGAGGGGGUGAGGAGGUGCUGAUCGGGCUGGCCCUGCAGGUGCUAACUUGGAAAGUGUUUGGGAGGUCGCUCCCUGCUCACCCAGAGGCGACCCGCCUGAGACGGUCCUCCAUGUCUCAACGAGAAGAGCCCCAUCAUGUGGAUUUGUCCGAACCAAAAAGUUUCAAGGACUCCCAGCCGCACAUUUCAGCCACGUAUCGAGGACUUUUCCUGUACCUACAGUGUAUUACUCGUGUUUGUGUACAUGUAAAGCAUAACAAGAAUAAUCAACAGGAUAAGCUAAGGCAACAGAGGUGGAGGUUAAUGCAGUACAGCCGAUUAGAGCUGGUGGAGCGCUGCAGUAGACUGAUCAGCAAACUGUAAUGAUUCAUAAAAUGUAAUCCUGCAUCGCCUGCAGCUGGGGCUUGCUGCUUAUGGGGGAAAUUAAUCCUGCUAUAUCUUCUGUUUUUGUUUAUGAUUCUGAACAAAAAUCAGUUGUCUGUAAAAUAGGAGCAUUGUACAGUUGUCUUAAAAGUUUUGUAAUCUUGGGGGGGCGGGUAUAUCUGCCCACCUUGUCUGCCUAGCCCUUCACAGCAAAGGAUAACUACAAUGUACAUCAAGUCAAAACGUCCUGAGGUAAAUGUAGUGGAGCUGUUGAGCGAGCAGAAGCCAGCGUUUUGUCGCUGCAGAUGCACUCCUGACUUUAAAAGCAGCGUCGUCCAGUAUCUGGUCUGUUUUCUUGCUCAGAUGCCAACUUGAAAACGAUGGCAUGACAACAGUGCCUGUCCUGUAGUAAGAGAGGAACACAUUUCCACACUGAGCUCUGUUGUUAUCUACCUACCAAAGACUUUUUUUUUUUUUUUGCCUUUUUUUUAUUUUCUUUUUUCUCUCUCACAACAACAGAAGCCAAGAGAAACCAGGACCAUGUGUAAAGCUUCACAGGGAGAAGUCGUGUUUGUAACUAGUGCUAAAGUUUCUUUGUGUUUUUGUAAAGAUAACGGUAUUGUUGCUGUAAAGUAUCCUCGAAAACGUUGUCCAGUAUGGUGUUUGGAUACAACUGCACAUUUGCAAUAAACCUUAUGUUUACAUAAUA